CAAACCAUCAUAACCUAAAUAUAAUCUGUUUAUUCAUUAUAUAGUAUAAUAUAUAUAUAUAUCAGCCGUUAGCGAGUAUGUGCCGGCAUCAAUUCGCAUAAACGAUUGUAUCGUUGAAAGAAUUAUAUAAGAUUUUCUACGAAAGAAACUCAGAUUUUUAUGAUGUGCAUAUUAUCUAAUGCAUAAACAUAUGCAACUCAUCAGAAGAUACUUUUCUUUUCUCGAUUAGUUAGAUUAAUACUUUCGUACUUUUUUGAUAUAUCAAAAUAAGACUAAGACAUUGGUUGAAUAAAUAAGAUAUAUAUUAAAUACAAUGCCUAAAAGAUCUAGAGAUGACAUUUGUGAUGAUAGUGAUAGCAGUGAUGAUGAGUUUUAUUUAGAAUCAGAUACAAUAGAUGAUGAUGAAUAUAUUUCAAACAGUGGAAAUAUAUCGAAUGAUGGAGAAUAUAGAGAGGUGAAGGUUGAGUUGGAUGAGGUGAGAGUGAAAAAUGAGAAUGUAGACAUAGAUAAUGUGUGGAGAAACCUUAUAAUUCAAGAUGAAAACACGCGAAAUAUAGAUUUUACGUCAGGAUCGAGAAUGCCUGGUCCACAGAUAAGUACAAACUGUGCAGAGCCUAUCGACUUCUUCAAGUUAUUCUUUACCGACGAAUUGAUCAAUAAAUUAGUUGAGGAAACAAAUGGCUACGCAAAUGAAAAGAUAGCGGAGAAACAUUUAUCGAAACAUUCUAUAUGGCUUAAGUGGACUGACGUUACUACAAAAGAAAUGUCUGCAUUUCUCGGCGUAGUAUUGAACAUGGGAACGAUAACACUUUCAAAUUUGAAAGAAUAUUGGUCGACAGAAAAUAACUCGAGGAUCCCGUAUUUCGCUGAAGUAUUCAGAAGAGACAGAUUUCUGCAAAUAUUUUGGAUGCUUCAAGUUAAUCGAAAUGCAAGACACGCAACAUCACGGAAACAGAAAAUUAGUUAUUAUUUAGAAUAUAUCGACAAUAAGUGCAGAGAAAAUUUUGUGUCCGGGAAACAGUUGUCAGUGGACGAGGCUGUAGUUAAGUACAAUGGAAGAAUGACGUUCAUCAAGUAUAAUCCAAAGAAACCGACGAAGUGCGGUAUCCGAAUGUACGUUCUUCUAGAUGCAAAUGUCGGUUAUAUACAGAGCAUUUUGCCAUAUUUUGGCAGUCUCACUACAGAAAUACUAGUCAGACCUGACCUUCCAAUAAGUAGAAGAAUCAUUUUACAGCUUUAUGAAAACUUCUUGCAAUCGAAUCCUGAAGCUGCAGGAUACCAUAUCUACACUGAUCGGUUACGUUACGUUACGAAGCUCGGUACCUGUGGAACGUCAACUAGAAAAACCUUCAAUAGAAGAACACAAGAAGGAGAAAUUGUCAAUAUAAAUCAGCCAAAUGUAGUCAUAAAUCAUAAUAAAUACAUGGAUGGAGUGGAUAAAGCAGACCACUGUGUCAGUACAUAUUGCUUCAUGCGAAAGUCCCAAAAAUGGUGGCGAAAAUUAUUCUUUUGGGGAUUGGAGAUAUGCGCAAUAAAUUCGUACAUCUUAUAUAAAGUAACCCAGCAAAGAGAAGAUAAGAAACCAAUGGCACACUUGAAAUUCGUACGUCGACUGGUAGACCAACUAGUUGAAGAUUUUCGUGACGGAAGUAUUAACAAACCAUCGACUUCCGGGACGGCAGAAAGGCUGAACGGACUUUUACAUCUCAUUCGUCGAAAUGACGAAGGAAAAAGUAAAGACUGUGUGGUAUGUUCCAACAGAAAAAUUAAAGGUGGAAGACGAGAAUCAUUAUAUUAUUGUAAUACGUGUGCGGCUAAACCUGCCUUGCAUAUAGGCGAUUGCUUUGAGAAAUACCAUACCAUGUAUGAGUAUAAAACUAUAAAUGUUAUUAAAUUUGAAUAAAGUUUUUAAUUUUUU